CCUCCCCCCCCCCUCCCGCCCCCCCACCACAACCACCGCCACCUACCCGCCGUCCCGCCCGCCCUCCCCCCGCGGCCGGUCCCCGCUGCCCUGCCCCGGCACGGUUUGGGGCAUGCCUGUGAGCAUGUUCAGCAUCGACAAUAUCCUGGCGGCCAGACCUCGCUGCAAGGACUCGGUGCUGCUGCCCCCGAGCGCCGCGCCCGUCGUCUUCCCCAGCCUCCACGGGGACUCGCUCUACGGCAGCGCCUCCGACUACGGCGGAUUUUACUCCCGGGCGGUGGCACCCGCCUCCGCGCUGCCGCCGGCCGUCACCGGAUCCCGGCUCGGCUACAACAACUACUACUACGGGCAGCUGCAUGUGCCGGCGUCCCCCGUGGGCCCUUCGUGCUGCGGAGCCGUGCCGCCUCUGGGCGCCCAGCAGUGCUCCUGCGUCCCCCCCGCAGGUUACGAGGGCACUGGGUCAGUCCUGAUGUCCCCUGUUCCCCAUCAGAUGUUGCCCUACAUGAACGUGGGCACUUUGUCCCGGACGGAGCUGCAGUUACUGAACCAGCUGCACUGCAGGCGAAAAAGACGGCAUCGGACGAUCUUCACUGACGAGCAGCUAGAAGCGCUGGAAAACCUCUUCCAGGAAACGAAAUACCCGGACGUGGGCACCAGGGAACAGCUGGCCAGAAGGGUGCACUUAAGAGAGGAGAAAGUGGAGGUUUGGUUCAAAAACCGCCGGGCAAAGUGGAGGAGGCAAAAGCGGUCGUCUUCGGAGGAGUCAGAAAACGCACAAAAAUGGAAUAAAGCGUCUAAAACCUCUCCGGAGAAGAGACAAGAAGAAGGGAAAAGUGACUUGGACUCCGACAGCUGAUACCUCGCAGGGGGGACAUUUCCCGUGGACAGUCGGAUACGCUCCGGAGGAUGCUACUAAUCUUGCACAAGCUCUGCCUUGUUGGAGGGGGAAAAUAUCUGUAUAUAAUGUACAAUGCCCCGAGUUGAUUUCGUGUAAAUAAAAUGUGUUGCGGAGGUGUUGCACAGGUAGACGGCGGCGCGUUUGUUCACCCCUGUGCUGCGGGGAGAGGGGAGAGGAGAAGAGAGGAGGAGAUGAGAGGAGAGGCGGGCGGCGGUGCCCCGCUCCCCGGGGGCCAGGGGCGGCCUUGCAGGCGCAGUUACUUAUUUACCGCGGUUUCGCCCAGUUCGCGAGGAAGCGGAGGGCAGGGCGCUGCCAGUCGGGCCCCUUGGUCACCCGCCGGCUGCAGGCCGAGGGGCGAUGGCCGACCUUUCAGCCGGAGGAAGGCGGCGGAGGCCGGGCCGGGCCGGUCCCGUCCCGUCCCGACGGCAGCGCCCGGGGCUGUCCCGCCGAGGCCGGGGGCAAACCUCGCCCCUGCUGCCGCUGCCCCCCCCGCACCCCCCGGCGGUGCCCGCCUGCCCGGCCCCAGGGCCGAACGCUUCCCGCCGCGGGCAGCCCCCUCCCGCCCCGCCGGCCCGGUCAGGCGAUGCCCUUCGGAAAUACUUGCAAGCAAAGCAAAUUCGGCCUCGCACUUGUUGCUCUCUCCUGUUUCCCUGCGCUUUUCUCUCCCUCCCUCUGCAGUCAUACCCUGUUGAGCUUCCAAACGUGUGUCUUUGAUCCCCCUUUAGAAAAGCUAUCUCCCUACAUCGGUGUUUAAAAUUGCUAUUAAUGAAUUUCAUCCGUGAUCAGAUGAAUUACGCAUAAAGGGAGGUACGAGCCCUCGUGUGCUGCUUUUGGGGAUGUUUCACAAGUAGUUGCUAACUGAUGUUUUCUCCCCUUUGAGGCAGCACCUUUGCAGUGACAGCCUGGUCUCAUUUUACUCUUCCCUCUGUGAGGGCCUUGUAAAAGAGAAGUCUAUUCCCCCUGUAAAAUUCACAUUCAUUUUCCAUAUGCUUUUUUGCCUGUGACUCCCCAGCUCCCAGUGUUCAUCCCUUCAGAGCAGAACCACCACGGCUUCCCCAUGUUGUCUUGUUCAGAAAGACCUUUCCCUCUCCUUGUCUACAAAGACUGACUAUAAAUUUAAAACAAAUGACCAGGAGGCAUAAAGCCAACAUGGAUAACCUCUGGCUGGAAAUCUUCAUGCUGUGCCUUUCAUUCAGAAGUUAAGUGGUAGCGAGCUGAUUUUCCUUAAUUAUGGCCGAUGCCUAUAACUCACCUGUACCUAUUCCACUCGUUCAGCUUAGGCAAGAAAUCGGUUUAUACAAAUGUGCUCACCAUUGCUUCCAGUGACACUAGAAAGGGUCAGCUGCAGUGUUGCUUGUCCUUGUGCUUUUCCUCCCUUUCCGGAUACAGCCAGCUUUUUAUGGGUAUUGUAGUAUGGUGCAUAUUGCAGGUGUUAGUGCGAUAGAGCAAACCUCAGUACCUGUCUGCCCACAUAAUGUUUCCUUAUGUACCCAUGCUUCCUCAUAGAUGUUGUAUCUCCCUCUGAGCAGUCGCCGUACCAAGACGUAGGAACAGCUGCUGUGGAAGAAAUUAAGUGUGGUUUUGUAUGAAUCAGUCCUUUAGGGGGCUUACAGUUUCAUAGCUACUGCUCUCUUGAAGAGAAGAAGAAAUUUAGCCUCUUUUGUUCCUUAGCGCAGCAGAGAAGGAAGGAAAAAAGCAAAUUUCUCAAUGGAUUCUUCUUCUUGGAUAUAUACCACGAUUUGGCUCUACAGAGCUAUUGCAUUUUGGAGAUGCUACCGUAUUGCUACGAUGUGUAUCCGAUCUCUGUAAAGUGUAUUGAAUUACAACCCAGCAGCACUGAAAAUUAGUUUUCAAAUUACUGAAAAUUAGUUUUCAAAAGAAGUGUUUUGUUAUGUUAUAUGCAGGAAGUCUCACUGAGUGGAAUUUUAAUGUCAUCUCCUCUGUAUUUAGUCAUUGUUAGGUUUUAAAGUGCAUACUCGAUUUGCAAAUAAAAGCCAGGUCUAAGGAUAAUAUUGCCCAGGAUUUUGCAAAUGCUUAUGUAUUUUUUUUACUUCCCACGUAUAAAUAUCCUUACUGCUACAUUGGGAGCUCGGUAGGGUUUCACUUUGUUUUGUUUUGCAUUUUUGUGUGUGGAGUGGUAAUCUUGGAAGUCACUAUUAAGGAUUUUAUCCUGCAUAGUUAAAUGUGGGAGUUAAACUGGGUCUGGGUUUUUAAGGGGUGGGCUUUAAAUAUGAUUUUGAUAACCAGUACCAGUUACUUAAGGUUGUAGUCCACAUCUUCAGAGGGUUUUAGGCUUUUCCAAUGGGAGCAAGGUGCUCGAGAACCGCAGAAGCUCCAGGUCACUGAAUGUGCCAAUUUAUGGAUU